CCGAACAAGUACCCCAUCUUCUUCUUCGGCACCCAUGAGACUGCCUUCUUGGGCCCUAAAGAUCUCUUCCCUUAUGAGAAAUAUAAAGACAAAUAUGGGAAGCCAAACAAGAGGAAAGGCUUCAACGAGGGCCUGUGGGAAAUCCAGAACAACCCCCACGCCAGUUACAGUGCCCCCCCGCCUGCCAGCUCCUCUGACAGCGACGUGCCCGAGAACGACGCGAUGGGGGGAAGCGAUGCUGGUGAUGAUGAGGAAGAUGCUGCCAUGGCUGGAGUCACCAUGGAGAAGAUGGAAAGUGAUGAGGACUCGGACCAAGGCAGUGACCACAGCGGGCUCAAGCGGAAAUCGCUGCCUAUGAAGAUGCCAGUGGCAAAACGGCCUCGGAAAUCCUCCAGUGACCUGGAUCAGGGCAGCCCCUCUGGGACAGAAGAGGAGAACUCGGAAUCGUCUUCUGAGUCGGAAAAGAACAGUGACCAGGACUUCACUCCUGAAAAGAAGCCAGUGGCCAGGGCUCCACGGAGGAUGCCAGCAGUGGGGAGGAAGAAGAAGAAAGUGGAGUCCGGCUCCGACUCAGACUCCAAAGCGGACUCAGAUUCAGAACUGGGGAACGCGACUAUGAACAUGCCCAAGUCAGACUCCAACUCGGAUUCAGACUCGGACGUGUCUGUGAAGAAGGCUCCACGGGGCAGGAAGCCAGGUAACAAACCCCCUCCCAAGCCCCGUGGCAGGAAACCGAAGCCCGAGCGUGUCCCGACCAGCUCCAGCAGCGACAGUGACAGCGACAGCGACGUGGACCGCAUCAGCGAGUGGAAGAGGAGGGAUGAAGAACGGCGGCGGGAGCUGGAGGAGAAGAGGAAGAGGGAGCAGGAGGAAGAGAUCCGUCGGCUCCGGGAGCAGGAGAAGGAGGAGAAAGAGAAGAGAAAGGAGAAAGCAGAGAAGAGCGAGGAGGUGCACUCGGACUCGGACAGCAGUGCUGAGGAUGAAGUGGCCAAAAAGGGCCGGAAAGGCCGGGCCAAGGCCCCAUCCUCCUCGGACUCUGAACUGGAGCUGGAGAAAGAGGUAAAGAAGCCAGUGAAGAAGCAGCCCUCGGAGUUGUCAAGGAAACCAAAUCAGAAGGAGAAGAGGGGCCGAGCAGAGGAGAAGCCACGGAACAAGCCUUUGAAAGUGGAACGAGGCCGGAAGAAAUCUGACCUGAUCCCUGAAAGGAGGAUGGAGAAGAAAAAGGAGCCCACAGUCGAAGAGAAACUUCAGAAGCUUCACAGUGAGAUCAAGUUUGCCCUGAAGGUGGAUAACCCGGACAUCAAGCGGUGUCUAAAUGCACUAGAAGAGCUGGGCACGCUCCAGGUCACCUCUCACAUCCUCCAGAAGCACACUGACGUGGUGGCUACGCUGAAGAAGAUCCGUCGCUAUAAAGCAAACAAGGACGUGAUGGAGAAAGCUGCUGAGGUCUACACCCGGUUGAAGUCGCGUGUGCUGGGACCAAAGAUGGAGGCGAUCCAGAAAGCCAACAAAGCCGGGCCUGAGAAGGACAAGGCGGAGGCUGAGAAGGGGCAGGAGAAGCUGGCAGGAGGGGAGCCACGGAAUGAGAAGGGUGAAGAGGAGACGAGUGCUGACUUGUCAGGUCCUGUGAAUGGUGAAUCCCUGUCCCAAAAAGCUGAGGGCACAGAGGAGAACAGUGUGCAGGACUAUCCCAAGGCUGAGCGAGCCGGGCCGGAGCGGGACAGGGCCCACGGGGAGGUGGAGGCUGUGGAGGAUGUGGAUGAGAGCUGA